AUGCGCACGGUCAAGGUCGUUGUCAUCGGCGCGUCGGGCGUAGGCAAGACUAGUCUUCGCAACCAGUACAUUUCGGGACGCUUCACGACCGGGUAUCGUGCGACCAUUGGCGCAGACUUCAUAACGAAAUCUGUGCCGCACCACAGCGCGCAGGAUGAGACGGUGACAUUGCAGAUAUGGGACACGGCGGGGCAGGAGCGCUUCUCGAGCCUUUCAUCUGCGUUCUUCCGCGGCGCGGACGCAGCGAUCCUCCUCUUUGACGUGAACCAGCCCGAGACGCUGCAAGCCCUCGUGCGAUGGUGGGACGACUUUCGCGAAAAGGCCCCCGUGCCGGACGAGGACCUCCAGGACUUUUGCUGCGUCGUCGUCGGGAACAAGAUCGACCUUGCCCGCGACACCCCCAGUGUAUCCGAAGCGGAUGCCGUACGCCUGGUCGACGAGCUCGUCCCUCCACUCUCACCACCUCUUGCACCUAUCCUGAGCGUCGUGCCGAUCCUCGAGGCAGAGAGCGACGAGGAUGACAUGCCCACGCCCAUUGUUGCGCCGGGCACACCCCCGAGCAAAUCUAUCGACAUCAUCGCACGGCGCCCCCGACGCAGCCUGCGCUCCGUCUCGCGCUCGCGGAGCCGGUCGACGGUCUUCCGGGGCGGGACGGUCGGCACAAUGACCACGACGCACACGAUCUACCACACGCCCUCCUCCUCCGUGUUCGACCUGUUCGAGUCCGCGCUGUCCUCGCCUGCGCGCACGACGGUGUCGAUAUCCACGGGCUCCGCGUCGCCCGUGCGCUCGCCGUCGUACUCGCCGACGCGCACGCCACGCCGGCAGCCGUCGUCGUCGACGGUCUCGUCCGCGCCGACGAUCACCCCGAGCUUCUUCCACCGCGAGCGCGCCCACAGCCUGUCGACGACGCCCGCGUCUGGCCCGUCGCCCGCGGGCUCGUUCUCGCUGCCGCCGCCGCCGGAGCGCCGGCCGAAGCUGUUCUUUACGUCGGCGAAAACGGGGGAGGGCGUGGCGGGGGUGUUCGAGUACGUUGCGCGGCGGGUGGUGAUGCAAUGGGAAUACGAGGAGGCACUGGACGCGCGGACGCUGCAUAUGCAGGAGGCGGACGAGACGAUCCGGCUGACGCACGCGCAGGGGGACCGGAGGCGGCUUGUCGGGUCGUGUUGCGGGACGUGA